AUGGACAUGGCGAACGACGAUCAAAUCGAUCGAUUGGAGGUUGGAUCGAUACGAUAUCGAUCGAGCAGGACUUCUAAUCGAUCGAUCGAAAUCGAAAUCGAUUCGAUUAAUCGAUUCGAUCAAAUCGAUUUCGCCCCUCACAUUCCCGUCGACGUGCAUCUCCGGCCAAGCCCAGGACGCUGCUUCUUCCAACAUCGCUUGCCUGAGCCGUCCCUCAGCGUCUCCACCAGCUCCAUUUCCAUCUCACAGCUUCGUGCAUCCGGCGCCCAUUCCCCCGAGCUGUGGGCCCCCUCGUCCAUCUCCUGCGGCCAAGACGCAGCGUCGUACAUUUCUCCUACCCUCGCCCUUUAUCGCCUCCGCACUGGGCUGCACGCCGUCCUUGGCAUGAACACAGGCGGCGGCAACGGGGAACCCGCCCCCUCUGCACCUCACGCGCUGUUGGCGGCCGAGUCCACGCCCAUCCCCGAUAUGACGGGUACGGAAAACCCCCUCGACGACGGCCAAGGCGACGGCUCCUCCCCGCCCUUCAUGUACGCAAUGCCCGGCACGUACGUCGACGACGACGACGACGACGACGACGAAAUGGAUGAUGAUGACGACGAGGAAGACGACGACUUUCUCGACGACGACGACGAAGAUGACGACGGAAUAGACGACGACGAUAUAGACCAAGACGACGACCCCAAUCGCCACGUGAUGGGACUUUUCCGAGAUGGCGAGAGGACUGGUCUUCUGACUCGAGGCCAGCUCAUGGCUCUUUUACGACACCGAGACCUAAGCCGUGGCCUCUUCAACAGCGAGGAGGAUGAAGAAGGAUUUCUGAGCCUCUGGGGUUCGCGGCGGAAUCGACAACCCAAGGAUCCCAAUAGAUUUCCCAAGGUUCCGAGUAACGAGGGCACGAAGCUCAUGCGCAGCGGCGCCUUUGGUGCCAAUGACUACGAUAUGCAUGCCAAGAAGCGCAUCUGCCGACGCAUGCUCGAACGCGAGAUCGGCCUCGGGGACCGCGAGCAACGCAAGCGAAACAACGAUAUCGUGAUGCAGUCCAUGAUACCCGGCACGAGGGCCGAGCAGAUUGUCCAUUACGACGACCCCGUUUACUCAGGCCAAUUCUCAGACGACGGCAAUUUCUUCUUCUCGUGCAGUCAAGACUUCAAGGUCCGCUUGUACGACACGUCAAACCCUUACGAGUGGAAGCACUACAAGACGGUGUCAUAUCCGUGGGGGCAGUGGACCCUGACGGACGCGUCUCUGAGCCCGGACAACCGAUGGCUCGCAUACACAUCCAUCCAAAGCAUGGUGUCCAUUGCACCAACCGAUCCAAACGAUAAAGGGGACCCGUACACGCUGGAUCUCGACGGCGACGGCAGAUCGAAUGACGGAGAAUGGAGGAGUCGACGCUCCUUUGGCAUCUGGUCUAUUCGAUUCUCGGGGGAUGGGCGCGAAUUAGUCGCCGGCACAAGCUCCGACUCCAUCGUCGUCUACGACAUUGAGUCGCGUACGGUGCUGCAUCACGUCCAUGGACACGACGACCACGUCAACGCCGUCUGCUUCGCCGACAAGUCAUCCCCUCACAUUGUCUACUCCGGGUCCGACGACGCUACCAUAAAAGUAUGGGACCGGAGAAGCAUGGGGGAUGGGCGAGAAGCCGGUGCCUUUGUGGGACACAUCGAGGGCUUGACAUACAUCGACAGCAAAGGCGACGGGAGAUAUAUCCUCAGCAACGGCAAGGAUCAGGCCAUGAAGCUUUGGGAUCUGCGCAUGGCCAAGUCAACGGCUCGAUUUCGCGACGAGUACAGCCAACGCCGCAGCAUGGGUAGCACCUUUGACUAUCGGAGGGAAGCGUACGACGAGGAAUACUGGGAUCCGCAUCCCCACGACAACUCUCUUGUCACCUUCAGAGGCCACAAGGUGCUCCGCACGCUGAUCCGAUGCCAUUUCUCGCCGCCCUCGUCGACAAACUCACGCUAUGUGUACUCGGGCAGCGCCGACGGCAAGGUUUACGUCUGGAAUCUGGACGCCACGCUGGCUGGGACGAUUGAUGUUAAGAAGGCCACCAUGGGAACUCGGCGGUUGGAUAGCCAAUCUCGCCACCAGUUUGACGAGACGGGAGGAUGGGGCACGUGUGUUCGUGACGCGAGCUGGCACCCGAGUGCACCGGUUCUGGUCGCAUCGGCGUGGAACGGGUACAGCAUGGUCCACGGGACGUGCAGUCUCCACGCGUUCAACGAGUCGCCCGAGGACGAAGGCGAGCCGGGCAUGCGGCGGAGUGUCGACUCCAAUCUGCAGCCGGACCCCAGCAUAUACCAAGACUCUGUGUAUUGA